AUGGCGGAUCAGAGCGAGAAGAAGCUGAGAACUAAGGAGGACGACGAGGUGAGUGGGAGAGAUGGCGAGGCGGUCUCGCCAGAAUUGCCCGUCGGCAUCAUCACCGACAUACUUGUCAGGCUGCCCGUGAAGACGCUGCUGCGAUUCAAGUGCGUCUCCAGGCCCUGGCGUUCCCUUAUCUCCGACCCUUCCUUCGCCAGUUCGUUCCUGGCUCGUUCCCUCGCUCGUCCGGCCGUCGCCUCCCUCGUUUCCAUCUCCGACCUGAGCCAGCCGGUCCCGUCGCUUUACCAGUUCUUCAGGUUGGACCACCAGACGGGGCUCUCCGCUCCUGUUCCUCUGCCAGACAUGCCCUCUGAAACCGUGAAGAUCUCGGAAGGCAUCCAUGGCUUCGUUUGCCUUGACGCCGGGGGUCUCACUCGCGUGUGUAACCCCAGCACCAGGGAAGUCGCAGCCCUCCCUCUCACCAGCCCCGAUUUCCCCGACGAUCUCCAGGGUGAGAUCAGCAGCUUCGCUGCAUUAGGUUAUGAUCCGGCCUCGAAACAGUACAAGGUCCUCAAGACGUGGAUUCUGUACAGCCCAUACGGUGGUGUAGCCGCUGCUCAUAAGGUUCUGACGCUAGCUACUGAUUCAUGGAGGACAGUGGAUGAUUGCCCUGUUAAGUUUCCCUGGGAUGAUUGCAUCAGUGAAGAAGGGGCUAUACAUAUCCUGACACGUGACUCGAUGAAGGGGAACAUUGUUGGCACACUCGAUCUCGCGACUGAGAAGUUCAGGAUGUUAUUGCUUCCUGAAGGUGUCCGCGCGGUUAAGGUCGAGCUGAAGCUAUUCAGAGGGCAUCUGGCCUUGCUAGAGUGCCGACGCCUUUGGGACGACGACACCAUAACGAUGUAUGUUCUGGAUGAUUACGGGAGUCGGGCUUGGAAGGAGCUGAGGAUGGUGCUGCCCCGUAGUUGGAAGGAGGGCAUAGGUUUUCGUAGAUCAUUAUGCAUUAGCAUUCCACGCAACGGCUACGGUGACAUUUUGCUCAUCCCCGCAAUUAUACACAAGCAGUCUGAGGCGUAUUUGUUCUCUUACAAUGUCGAGAGCAAGAGGAUGAAGAAGAUUCUUAUUCAUCGACAUCCAAGCAUCACUCCCAGCAGCGAUAACAGAUCCAAGCAACAAGUUAUGAGCCGACUUCACAGUAAAAGAACCCGUCCUCGACCAGAUGAGGAGUCGGACAAUGUGGACAAGCAAGGGACUGGAAUACUUCGUACGACGUUUAAGGAGGAGAUGUCCCAAGAGUGA